AUGACACCAAAGUAUGCAAAUUUUGUUUCUUCGUAUUCAUUGUGCCAAAAGAAGAAGGAAAUUGAGGCGUAUCUUUGUGAAGAUGAUUCCAAGUCAGAACUGGUAUUAAUACUGUCUAAAAUUCGGAGAAAAACCGAAGAACUUUAUGCUCUUCAUAAGGAUUUUUGGAAAGAGUUUCUGAAAGAAAGUAUUAUUAUGGAAAAAAUUGAAAGAGUCAUUUUUAGAAGCUCCAAGCUAGUUGCCGAGUGUGACUGUAUAUUUAACAACCUUGUUCCUUUUUAUAGUCAAGACAAAACAGCACUAAGAAUAUAUGCACAAUAUUUGGUAUCAUUUAAAGCAAAUCCAGAAUUAUCAAAUGAGAAUUUUAACAAAGCAAACUUACUCGAAGAAAAUGAAUGCAACAGAUCCACUAAAAAAGCUGAAGGUGAAUCUUCUGUGUCUGAAAUUACCACUGAUGGGAGAGAAAAUGAGGAGCAAACGUUAGAAGAAUUUGAAACACUGGAUCCACAAACAAGAAAGAUGAUUUAUAGCAAUGCUCUUGCAACUCCAACACGCCGAACUGUUUUUAUCAUACUAUUUGUUGGCUUUUGCAUACUGUUCUUGGUUGCUCUCAUCACUCCAUUCUUGCUGUCACUGAUUUAUUCCAAUCAAGCAACAAGCAAUUUGCUACAUUCUAAGGAGGCAUGUGCCACAAUACCCUGUGUCACUAACUUAUUACUUUCAGGAAGAGGGUAUCAGAUUAUUGACCACUGGAUGCAAUCAAAUAUCACCAUCGAACAUAAUUGGACGAAUGAUAUUUAUUUUGACAUGGAUAAAUACAAACAGCAUGUCGAAUAUUUCACACAAUCGAUAGUCAAUUUAGAAAACGUUGCUUUUGCCUCAAAGUUUUCACCUCAAAUCUACUCUCAAUUUACUGAUUUCCACUAUUCAUUAGUAAUUCCAACUGUAAUACCAGGAGGAGGUUUAUAUAACCUGACUGAGUCAAACAAGUACCCACUCUCUCAAAUCAAUAAGAUUUUAAAACUAUUGGCAAAUCGCUUCUUGUCAGAAACAAGUGAAGCUUUACUACAAACCUACACAUCCUUUAUGUUCAUGUUUCUUUAUAGAAAUCAAAAUACCCUUACACAGGCAUAUUCUUUAUUUUGUCAUUCUUACACACAAGUUCAUAUAGAUGAGGCAUUGAAUUCGAGGAAUGUUUUAAUCAUUUACACAGCAGCCGUGUUACCUUGCUUGUUAAUAGUGUGUGUAUUAUAUUUGAUAUAUUCAAGAUUCACUUUCUCUAGAUUGAAAAAUCAUGUCAAGCUACUGAAAGAGUGUGUCUCUAAACCAGAAGUUGGUGAAAUAUACCACACAUUAUGCGAACAACAACCACAAGAAGUGAUUACUCAUGCAGGAAAAGUAGAUCCUCUCAAACAUAAGAUAUGUUUCCCCAUUUUGAUAAUAGUAAUAUUUUUAACAGUUGGAGUGUGUACGGCAGUAUUCGUAUGUGGCUUGUUUGACAAUACCCAUUAUUCGGUUGAAUCCUUUGUAAAUGUACAAGACGUAUUUGAAACUACCAAGCAUCUGCAAAAUGUAGCAUUUUACAGUACUGAACUAUAUGCUUAUUAUAGAAAUGUUGACGAUAUACCAUUGAUAACAGAGGAUGAAGCUUUAAAUAUGACUCUUCAAUAUUAUCAAGAGGCAGCAAAUCUUCAAAGGAAUUGGGAUUGGUGUUUAUUCGGAUCAACUACAAAACCCUUUGAAUCAGUAGUUGCAGGCAUGUUUCCCGGUACAGACCACUUGAUUAAGGGCGAUCCAAAUUGUACCAUUCCAGAAACUGACACUCAUUUUAACAGCACUUGUGGCAUUGGAAUAGAUACAAUGCUAACACAUAUAUUAUUAUCAACACAAAUAUUGUUGAAACAAAAUUUAUUGGCCCAGACAAUUUUAUUUCAACCAGUGACUAUCAAGGAACAUAUUACUUCCUUACUUAAGAUUUUAUUUCUUUUUAACUUGUCAUCGAUGAAAUUGAUUGAUUUUGCAAAUAUUUUCGCUGUUGAUGCCUCUGUACCAAAUAUUAAUUAUGUGAUAGCGAGUUUUGUAAUUGGCUUUGUACUUGUCACUUGCUCGAUUUGUUCGAUGUAUUACAUUUUCCGUGAAUAUGCUAAUGCAGAACAACAAAUGAGAAUCAUGUUCGAUUACCUAUCGAUAGAUACUUUGGUGUUCAACGAGAAACUUAAAAACUUUGCAUUAUUUAAAACACUACCUAAUGAAAACCCAUCCAAAUUAUUUACCAACAAUGGUGUCACGUCAGAGCGAGAUGCAAAACUAGUGACAAUUCUUAACACAUUUGUUGAUGGUGUAAUUACAUGUAAUGAUACAAUGCUAGUGGAUAUUUUCAAUCCUUCAGCUCAAAGAAUGUUUGGUUAUCAACUCGAAGAUGUUAUUGGUAAACCUAUUAAAAUAUUCACAAGAGAACACCAAACUUUGGUUAAGAACGAAGUCGAAUCCAUCAAAAAACAAGUAACAAAAACCUGCCCUAAAGGAGAAACUUUUGAACUUGAGUGUGUCAGAAAAAAUCAAAAGACUUUCCCUGCAACAGUCAAUAUCUAUGUAACAUUCUUUGAAAACAAACACAUUACAUUAUUUUUCAUCAAAGAAUCCACCUUAGAGAAGAAGGCAAUUUUAUUACUAAACGAAGAAAAGAAGAAAUCGGAAAAUAUGCUUCUUAAUAUUCUACCUAGCUCUGUAGCUCGUCAACUUUUGGCUGGAGCAUCUCUUAUUGCGGAGAAACACCCAGAUGUCACCUGUUUCUUUAGUGAUAUGGUUGAAUUCACUGCAUUGACCUCACAAUUAACACAUACAGAGUUAGUGCAAUUACUGAAUUGUGUGGUUGAUGGAUUUGAUGGUUUGACUGACAAAUAUAAUGUGGAAAAAAUCAAAACCAUUGGUGAUUCUUACUUUUGUUGUGCAGGGUUAAACAAUGUUGACAUUAAUCAUCCAGAGAGAAUUCUUAGAUUUUCCAUUGAUUGUUUCAAUGUUAUUCGUAACUACAACAUUACUUCAAGAAAGCCUGUUGAAAAACAGAUAAAUAUUAGAAUAGGUAUACACACAGGAAGUGUAACAGCUGGAGUGAUUGGAAAGAAGAAGUUUGCAUACGAUCUUUGGGGAGACAAUAUCAACACAGCAAGUAGGAUGGAAAGCACUAGUUUACCUGGAAGAAUUCAACUGUCAAGAAAAACAUAUGAAAGAGUUUUUGAUUUAGAAUUCACAUUUGAGGAGCGUAGUAUCGCAGUAAAAGGAAAGGGAAUUCUUCAGACUUAUUUAUUGGACAAUAAGUAUCAUGUGGGAGCAAUCGUCAAGACUGAAGAAAUAAACUCCAUUAUUUGAAAUG